GGAAACUAACAAAACGGCGUGCCAUGUAGCGGAAUCAGGUAUUAUCAUUCGCCGAUAGUUCGUUAACUCGUGAAGUUCAUUCAUCGCGCGCUGGCAUGCGCAUAGUGUAGUGUGUGUAAACUGUUUCCCACGUGUACCUCUAAUCUAUAAAUGGAGACGAAAGAGUCGGUGAAUAACCCCACAGAGUUAGAAACUUUUCUACCUCAAGAUGGAACCAAUACCAAUGGCAUUUCAACCACAAAAUACAAAAUCACGAAGAAAAAUGACUUGGAAGCAGCUGUCACCGAAUUCGAUCCCUUCAAAGCAAGAAAAUUGGAACAUCCAGUAUCGAAUGCGGAUACGCUUAUGCAUUUACUCAAAGCGUCCUUAGGAACAGGAAUACUUUCCAUGCCAGCAGCAUUUGCAGCAUCGGGGUUACUUUUGGGAAUCUUUGCUACAGUUGGCGUAGCCAUCAUUUGCACACACUGUUCCUAUAUUCUUGUGAUAUGUGCCCACGAACUUUAUAAGAAAACUGGCAAAACAUCCAUGAGUUUCGCUGAUGUUGCCGAAGAAGCUUGUAAUAGAGGUCCAAAAUGGACCAGAGGCCUUGGGGCUGUAGCAAGGAAAUUCAUACUAAUUUCUCUCUUCGUAACAUACUUUGCAACCUGCAGCUGCUAUACAGUGCUAAUAGCGAAAAACUUCAAUAGCGUUGCUAUCGAUUAUAGAGGAGAGGCGAUGAACGAAAGACUGAGCAUAGCUUUACUCUUAGUUCCACUUCUUUUCCUGUCCUACGUACCAAAUCUGAAAUAUUUAGCUCCGGUAUCCAUGGUGGCCAACGUAUUCAUGGCGGUAGGGUUAGGGAUCACGUUUUAUUACCUGGUCAACGAUAUUCCACCUGUGGAGUCCAGGGAAAUGGUUGUCGAUCUGACCAAAUUUCCCAUAUUCUUCAGUAUAACAGUGUUCGCCAUUGAAGCUAUUGGAGUGGUGAUGCCGCUGGAAAACAACAUGAAAACCCCCCAAAGUUUCGUCGGCAUUUGUGGUGUGCUCAAUCAAGGCAUGAGUGGCGUGACACUUGUAUAUAUCCUGAUAGGAUUUUUCGGAUACUUGAAGUUCGGUCCUGAUGUCCAAGGAUCAGUAACUCUGGAUCUAACACCAGGAGAAAUUCCUGCCCAGAUCGUCAAAAUACUGAUCGGACUGGCAGUAUUCUGUACAUUUGGCCUUCAGUUCUACGUGUGCCUAGACAUCGCCUGGAAUGGAAUCAAGGAUAAAUGCCAGAAGUUCGAGACUGUGGCUAAUUAUGGAAUGAGAACGAUAUUGGUGAUUAUUUGCGUAUUACUGGCUGUUGCAGUACCGGCUAUAACGCCCUUUGUAGGGCUGAUUGGUGCCUUCUGUUUCUCCAUACUCGGCCUUAUCGUUCCAGUUUUCAUUGAAGUCGUAGUGUUUUGGGAAAAGGGUUUUGGAAAGUAUAAUUGGAAAAUUGUAAAAAAUGUUAUUGUUAUUAUUACAGGACUUCUGGCUCUGAUAUUUGGUUCCAAAUCGGCGAUUGAUGAUAUUAUCGCGAUGUACAAAUGAUAACUUAUUAUAAAAAUAAUUUCCUUUCUUUAUGUUGGUCCUAAAUGGAAGUCUAAUCCAAACACAAGGGCAUUUUUUAUUUAUUCAUUGUAUGAGUAAAUUAUUAGACAAUUUUUCUCUCAUUGUUAAAUGAGGAUACUUCCAGUAUAAUGCUCCUUAGUCUUUACAGAUUUUCCAUAUAAUUUUUAAUUUUAAUUUGCAAAAAUCGACCUCACAGUAUGAAACAGUGGAUGAACUACUGUAUGGCUGUGAAACUGAGGAGCAAAUGAUAAUUUAGUCAGAAAUUCGAAAUUAUUUUUUACUAUCAGAUAAAAUGAUUCAUUUUGGAUCUCGAAAUGAGGACAUAGUACCAAAAUAUACACAGUUUUCAGAGAUUUGAGACAAAGCAUAAUAAAUACAAUGUUAUUAUAUUAUUCGAAAAGUUUUACUGUUCAGAUAUAUAGGUUUUUAUAAGUAUUGAUUUUAAAUUCCAUUUACCUGUCAGAUGUGAUGGCCUCACUCUCCAUUGUUGGUGUGUGGUAACUAUCACGUUUGGAAAAUAGCAUUUUUUUUACUUGAGUGAAUGUUUGGAAGAAUCAGUUGAUUAUGUAUUUAUUUUAAAUUUCUACUGUGAUUUAGCGUUAUCUAAUAUAAACUAAUUUAUAAAUCAUUUUGAAGCAGUACCAAUGAAAAUUUAUGGAAAUCCAAUAAAAUUUUCAAA